AUGCCUUCAACAUCUGAUCUACAAGAUCCCAAGGAAUAUCAGAAAAUAUUCCAUUGGGCUGAGACUCAAAAAGAUGCCACUAUUCCUUCUUUCAAUACACGGAAGAAUGAUCCGUACAAAUAUCAAGAAGGAUUCGGAAACCACUUCUCUUCAGAGGCAAUUCCAGGGACCAUUCCGCACGGUCAGAACUCUCCUCGCAAUGUACGCUUCGGUCUCUACGCAGAACAAGUAACCGCUACCGCGUUCGUCGCUCCACGACAUGCAAACAAGAAGGCCUGGCUUUAUCGGGCGCGCCCUGCCGUGGCUCAUCAGGGAUUCACUGAACUCCCAGACAACAAAGACAGCGAGUCCUGCUUCCUUCCGUUAAACCCUAAGAUCCAUGUUUCGCCCACUCAAUUGGCCUGGCUGCCCACAGAUAUUCCGGAAGAAGAGACCGACUUUGUCAGCGGUCUCCGCACUUUUGCUGGCUCUGGUGAUCCCACCUUAAGAGAGGGCCUAGCGACUCAUGUAUACGUUGCCAACAAGAGCAUGACAAAAAAGGCAUUUGUCAACUCUGACGGCGAGUUCCUUAUCGUCCCGGAAAAGGGUGCCCUUGAUAUCCAGACUGAAUUCGGUCCUCUAUUCGUGCAACCCGGAGAGAUUGUCGUCAUUCAGCGUGGACUUAGGUUCCGUGUUGAAUUGCCUGAUGGACCUUCUCGAGGCUACAUUCUCGAGGUUUGGGGUACUACUUUUGAGCUUCCAGAGUUGGGCCCCUUGGGUGCCAAUGGACUUGCCAAUUCGCGAGACUUCCUUACUCCUACAGCUCAGUAUGAGGUCGUUAGAGAGCCAUGGGAGAUUGUGUAUAAGCUUGGAGGAAAGUUCUUCAAGAGCACGCAGAACCAUUCGCCUUUUGAUGUUGUUGCAUGGCAUGGAAACUACGUCCCUUAUAAAUACGAUUUGACAAAAUUCGUCAAUGUCGGUUCUAUCUCUGUUGAUCAUAUCGAUCCAUCCAUUUUCUGCGUCUUGACAGCCAAAUCUCGAGACCUCACAAGUCCUCUAGCUGACUUCUUGAUUUUCUCGCCACGUUGGGAUGUCGCUUCUCAUACUUAUCGCCCGCCAUACUACCAUCGUAACGCCGCUUCUGAACUCAUGGGCCUUAUCUAUGGAGAAUAUGGCGGCCGAUCAGAUGAAUUCAUGCCAGGUAGCAUCUCCUUCGAGUGCGGUAUGGUCCCCCAUGGCGUCGCCUACGAACAAUUCAAAGAAGCCACCGAAUCAGCACCACCAGUAAUGCAAAUCUCACCAGCCUCAAUUGCAUUCAUGUUUGAGUCUUCACGCCCAUUCACAAUCACAGAUUAUGCAUGGAACUCGAGUAAGAAGCACGAACAUGAGCCUAAGAUGUGGGAUAAUUUGGUGGACAACUUUUCGAGUCAUAAGAAGGAGAUCGAUGAGAUCUUGGUCAAGGGGCUUGAGAAGUUGAAGCUUAAUGGAUCUUCGUGA